AUGACCCUGGCCUAUUUGGUUCAAGAGCUAGGAACUCUCAGUCAUGAUUCGAAAAGGAAAUAUCCCGAGCUGAAAGAAGCAGCAGAUGCAUCUAUAGAUAUGAUAAGAUCUUUCAAACAAAGGGUCCCCAUCCAAGAGCUUGUGAAGUUUGAGUCCUUCGUUGACCCUUUUCUAUUAUCUAUACAAACAAGGUCCCUCAAAUUGGUAAAUACUGGACUUGCUUGUUUACAAAAGCUAAUAAUAGAGAGCGCAAUUGCUGAUACAAAACUUGAGUCACUGGUAAAUUCACUACUGGUUUGUUCCCAGUUCAAAAGUGACGAUGUUCAUUUAAAAAUCCUUCAAUUGCUGUCAUUAUUAUUACAGAGCUACCCAAUCCGUUUGAAGAAUGAAUUGCUAUCAAAGUUCUUGUUUGUCUGCUCCAAUUUGUAUACACAAAGCAAAAGUCCAGCUAUCAUCAAUACUGCCAGUGCCACAUAUCUACAACUGUUGACUGGCGUAUUCGAUAAAAUUAAAAUAGAGGACAGCAAAAUAUCCCCAGAUGAUCCAGUUUACACAGUUUCCUUGGAUGACAAUAAAACUAUCGAAGUUCGCCAAUGUGCCUAUGAUUCCCAAAGAAUACUUCUUGAUUUGAUCAAUUUGAUACAACAUCAAAAGCCUAUAUUUUUGAAAACAAACUCGAUCAGUGAAGAGUUUGGCCUUGAACUUUUAGAAACCAUAUUAAAAGACAAUAGUGAGCUGUUCAAUGAGCAUUUAGAGCUGGAGUAUCUUCUGCGAAUAAAGAUUUCUCCACUCAUAUUGGAUUACCUAACCUCAUCUGAUGAGUUUCCAAUAAUGGUAAGAGUAGCUCGCAUCAUUCAACUAAUGCUUUUGCAGCAUUUCACAACACUGAAGAAUGAAUCGAAGCCAAUAUUAUCCACCCUUACUUUUCAACUCACAAAAGAUUCAAACUCACCGUUCUGGAAAAAGGUUUUGAGUUUGGAGAUAUAUCUUUCUAUUGUUAAAGAUUUUACUCUUGUGCAACAAAUUCACAAGACAUACGAUUCUCAGCUAGAUAGUAAUGAGAAAACCGUUUUCAAGAGCUUUUUCGAUGUUUGUUUUGAGAUCGUUGUUCUCAAUAAGUCGUUAUUAAAUACCGGUGAUACCAUUCUGCCCAAAUUUAUAUCUAGAGAAUAUCAAAAACCGGCUGAUUUUGCAGGUCUGACGGUGGCCAAGUCUUCUUCAAAAGUUCUAUUCAUUGACUACCUAGAUAAGUUGGAACCUCCACAAACUUCGUCCACAUAUAUGCUGUACCUCAUACUUCAAACGUUGACUUCGAUGUGUGAUAGCCUUUCCAAGGCUGUCAUUGGACUAGAUAAAAACUCUAGUUCAUACAUCGAAAUUAAAGAUUUGGUGUCAAAUAACUGGGUGCUUUGGAAAGAUAUGGCAACCGUGUUUCUGUAUUCUUCCUUGUGUGAAACUCUUUUUAAUGGAUUGACAAAAUCGCUGCAAAAAUUGACGCUGACUGUGAGCUUUUUGGACCUCAAGGAUGCUAGAAAAAAACUCUUGUUUCUUAUUUGCAAAUCAAUCACAAAUCUGACCGGAAGCUCAGGUUUUAGAUCAAAAUCAUUAGGCGAGAGUAUAGUUGGGACUAUCUCAACAACGAUUCAAACUUUGUCGCAGCAACCAGUAUCCAAUGUAUCAACCAGUAUCCAGCCUUAUAGUCGUUCAUUCAACUCACGUAUGGCUGUGUUGUUUCGAAUGCUCAUAAACUUGGUGAUUAGUCUUGGCAAUCUACUUGAUGGCUCAGAGUGGAUUUUGAUUUUUAAAACUAUUCAAUGGUUGGAUUACUUUCUGAAUGGGGCAUCCUCUGAUAAGCUUUUGCCGCAAGAUAAACCUUCUGCUGAUUUGAUUUCUUCCCAAGAGAUCUUAUCUAUUCAAGAUUCGAUUGUUAAAUUGGAAGACUCCGUUUCCGGAUACAAUUCUACUACAUUGAGUUUAAUAAUAGAAUCAUUUGUGACUUUGACUACAGAGUUACUUCUGGAAGAGGGUGGCUCCAAAGUACCAUUUGAAGAAAACGAUGAUUUAACUUUGAGGACAUCAAGCUAUAAUAAGCUAUUUUUUGUUGGAAAGCUUACAAAUAUCCUUCAAAACAAUACCAUACAACUACUUGCAACUGCCAAUGGCGUUUGGGAUUACACUUUGGAAUUUUACAAGAGUAUUAUUCAACAAAGAACAUUGGAUGAUCAGACUCGCUUUUUGAUCACUGAUUCUUUUGAUUCUGUCGUGAAGAAAAUAGCUGCUGACGGGUUCACAAAUGAUGAGAUCAGGAAUACCGAACACGUUGUGCUGAAUUCACUCAAUAAAAUAGACACUAGCUUAUCAAACCUUCCAACUUCUAAAGAACUUUUGAUAGUUAAUUGUGAAACAGAUAUUAGACUACGAGUAUUGAAAACUUUGAGCACCGUGCUGAACAGAUACGGAAGCAACUUCGCUGAAUCUUGGAGUUUAGUAUACACACUCCUUGAUGCCCCGUUCCAAUUAAUCGAAAAAACAGUAUUAGAAGAUCCAAUCUUAUUAAAAGAUCCUCAAUUGAGAAUCAAUGUUGGCCAACUCCUAGAAUCUAAUUUUGAAACUGUCAAAUUGCUUCUAGACGAAUUCCUCACAUCACUGCCGAAGAAACAGUUGAAACCAUUAAUUGAUAUUUUAUGCAAAUUUUUUUACCAGACACUUGAUUUAAAUAUAUCACUAAACUCCUUAAGUUACUUUUGGCUGAUUAGUGACUCUUUGAAAAACUCAUUCAAUGCCACAAAAGAUUCCAGUUAUGUUGGUGAAAAUUUGGAUUUGGUACUGAAUGACAAAGAGGACCUAACUACGCUCAUCAAUUCACCUUCGACCGACCCAGCACUUAUAGAUCACUUGAUAUGGAUUUGCCUUAUAAUAUCCCUAAACAAGGCUGCUUCAGAUCCAAGGGCUCAGGUUCGCAAUGGUGCAAUAUCUACAUGUUUCUCAAUUAUUGAUUCUCAUGGUUCCUUACUUGGAUGCUGGAAGUUGAUCUAUAGGCUAGUGAUUGAGAAGGAAUUUUAUACCAUUGACUACUCCGAUAGUUUAGAUUCCGAUCACUUGGAAAGUAUAACCCUAAUAUUGCGAGGUUUAUGCUCCUUGUACAGCAGUCAAUUCUUAAGCUUUGACUCUUCCGAUUCGAAGAACACUAAGAGUUUACUAUUAUUUUGGGAGGGACUCUUUGGGUAUUUCGAAAAACUUUUAAAGCUUAACUGGCUAGAUCUGGAGUAUCAAAUCUUCAAGCAAUUUCAAGAGCUAUCAAAGCAAGGUUUGGAGCACGAGAUCCCAACGGAACUUAAAGAGUUAUUUUACUCGUUUUGGUCUACUUACCAGAUUCUGUAUCAAGUGAACCCUUUAGCUCAAGAUACGCUUGUAGUGUAUUUUGAGUCGUUUGAUAGUAUCUAUAAGAUGGUGAGCCCGAUCCAAGAUGUCCAAAAAAUGGAAAGAAUACUUGCCAUUUUGAACACUGCUAUCCGUUACCCCAUAUUACCAUCUACUAGAUCAUCCGAUUCUAUUAAGAGCACUAAACUUCAAGAGACAGUUCUCAAUAUUCUUGGCUAUAUGGAGUUUGAUGAUUACCAUUACAAGUCUAUGCUUAUUCAGCAGUUAGCAAAUAUUUCCAUGCUUCCAUUAGCACCUAAGUCGGCUAUUGAACAGAAGUUCAUCAAGAAAGUUCAAGAUUCUGGCUUUCAAGUUCCUACUUACAUUCAUUUCAGUCAUAAGGCAAUAAUCGUGCUUGAAAAUAAGCUGGCCGACUUAAGUCCCGCUAAGGUGCUAGAUCUUGGAAGCUUCACCGAAAGGCUGUUUGAACAACUGUUAACUAUUGUACAGGAACGAUCAGUAGGAUUAGAAGAAACGGAACAGGAAUUGUGGAUGAUUGCCUCCAGAAUCUUGGUUGAUCUAUCUCAAAAACUGCUGCAGUCAUACGACAGUUCCCUUGAAUAUCUUUCGAUGCUGUUUAUUAGAUUAACUGAUACCAUUCUGUCUUACUAUGGAAAAAACUCGCUCUAUGAACGCUUUGACAUCGUUCAAUAUGACAAGUUGUAUGCAUGCUUAAUACCACCACUCACUGAGAUGCCCAAAAGUGUGCAAGUUGAAUUUGCUCACUCCAUCUGGAAAAAUUCGUUUCUUUAUGAGUUCGAUGAUACUGAAACGGCAUUAAUUGGCCUUGAUGAACUGAAAGAUAUUCCAGCUCAACAGAGUUUAUGCUCCAGGUUACUCAGUUUCCCGUUUGAUACAAUUGCCAAUACCACAAGCCCUAUACAGACACAUCCAAGAAAGAAUCUUAGUUUGAGAUGUUUGAAUGAUUUGAUCGAUCUUUGCAGUGAUCCACAAUUUCAAAAAGUUGUGACACCAUUUUUUAUCUCCAGAACAGCUAUCGCUUUACACAGAGUUAUUGUUUGCAAGUCUUUAUUAGACAGAAGACCUCUUCCCAGAUUACAGCACUUAGAAAUUGAAACAAUCAUAAAUGGCAUCUCUUCGUUAGUUCAGAAAAAUGGUGAUAGAAACAUUCAAGAUCAGAUCCACGAGUUGAAGCCAUUAUUUCUACGAUACGUACCAUUCACAGACGAAAGAGAUUUACAGAAAGUGUUGAGUUUGAGUGAAUAA